AUGCGCCCCUGUACCGCCUCCUCAUGCUGCUGCCAGGCCCGUAAUCUGCCAUGGGCCCCCGUACCGACUCCUCAUGCUGCUGCCAGGCCCGUAAUCUGUCAUGGGCCCCUGUACCGCCUCCUCAUGCUGCUGCCAGGUCCAGAGUGUGUCAUGGGUCCCUGUACGGCCUCCCAUUGCUGCUGUCUCUAUCGCCACACUCUGCCAUGUGCCACUUUCAGGUCUCCUCACACUGCUGGUGGUUUCCAUUUUUGUCAUAGGGUGCUGUAUGGCCUCCCAUUGCUGCUGCCUCCACCGCCACACUGUGGCUCCACACUCUGGUUUUGGCCCCGUGACUGCCCAAAUGAGUGAAGUGUGCAGUGAUUCUAAGAUCGACGGCACUCAUCUGCAUGUCAUACUGACUGACAGUAUUAUUUCUCUUCCCCAGCAGACUCCAAGGGCAUUUAAAUUAAAGGUACAGUGUUCUGCACUAAUAUUA